CUCAAAUGAUAAUCCCAGCUGGCCAUGGGUGUCUCGGACCUUUAAUGAGUUGUUUCAAAACUCUGCCCAGGAAAAGGAACUGGGAGUCAACGUAGGGCACAUUAUCUGCCUCACAGGAAGAGCUAGAGAGCACAACAGUUCUUGCUGAUGUGGUUGCCUUGUCUCUACUUCUGUUGUUUUGUUCAAGGAAACAAGAGAAACUGCUUAGAAAGUAAGCGGUGGAAAAUACAUUUAUCACCCUUCCACCGUUGAGUCAUUUGGUUCUAUAAUUUGCGCAAGAUUGGCUGCUGUUCAAAGAUUGGUCCUAAGAAACAAGAGCAAAGUCACACUGUUUACUCUGCUUGCGACACACUAUCUUUCCAUCUGUAUUUGAGGAUGUCCUGCAGGUGUUUCCUGAUUAUCCUUUUUUGUGGAGUCAGAGCAGUCUCCAUUCCUCUCCCAGUGGGCCCUCAUGCCCUCCAAAUAUUUCAGACGGUAGCCUUCUACAGUGCUGAUGUUGUCGAUAUAUACAACGUGGGUGUUUUUCUCGGAGAUGUGCAGGCCAUUGUGUUUGACAGCCAAACCUGGAAGAUCAGAUUCCUUCAACCUUGGGCCAGAAGUUGCCUCAUGUCACAGGAAUGGGAACUGCUGGAGAAGAUUUUCAAAUACUAUUUCACAGGCUUCAAACAAACUGUCAACAAGCUUGUUCUGGAUUUACAUAGAAGCUAUCCUCUUGUUGUGCAGUCAUUGGUCUUCUGUGAAAUUGAGUCUGAUGAAACAAAGAGGUGCUUUUAUGAUGGUGCUGUAGAUGGGGAAGGCAUUGUUGUAUUCAGUGCCAAUAAUGCCACCUGGGUUGCCCAAAUGGAUGACGAAUGGAUUCUCUACAUUCAAGACUUCCUCAACAAGGACAAGGGCACAUCAACAAUUCUUCAAAGACUGUUGUUAAACACAUUCGUAAAAGCUGUCAAGAUUGCCCUUCUGACUGGAAAUGUGACUGUGUACAAACAAGAUAAACCUGUUGCUGUGGUCUUUGCCCAGGAGCCUCCUGAAACCACUGACUCCCUCCUAUUGGUUUGCCGAGUGACAGGUUUUUAUCCACACCUCAUCAACGUCUCCUGGCUUCAGGAUGAAGUAGCCUUGCCCAGCUCAAGGAUCAACUCCACCACCAUCUUGCCUAACUACGACCUGACCUACCAAAUCAGGAGUUCUCUGGCAAUUAAGUCAACGGAGACUUCGCACAGUUAUGCUUGCAGGAUACAGCACAGCAGCCUUGAUGGGAAAAGUCUCAUCAUCCCAUGGGGAAAAUCCAGCAAAGCCACUGCAGUAGUCAUCGGCCUUAUACUUGCUUUAUUGGCGGCUAUUGCAGCUGCAGUCUAUUGUCGUUGGAAGAAACGUCAACAUUAUGAAGACAUAAGCCAAGCACAGCGGCCAAUCUGACAACCAAUGUGGCAGCACAUAAGGCAGCUCCAUAUAUUUCUGGCCAAGCUGUUAACUGUAUUUGUUAAAUUAAAUGUUAGAACUAACAUUGCCAGAAAUGUACUAUCAAAGCUACUGAUGUGUAACCAAGAGUAAUAAAUCUGUAACUGAUUCGUAGUUACAACAGACUAAGUAUGCAUGAUCAUGACAUUUCUGCCAUAAUCAUGAAGGUCCUCCUGUCCGGCUUUACCAGGAAGUAGCCAUUGAGAGCGAUAGAUAUCUGUUGUCCAACAGUUGAAGAUAUUCCUCCCAAGUUCUGCUAGGAAUUCCCUGGGGAAGACGAAAUUGCACCAGGGAUCUUGCGUCUUACUUGCUAUGUUGGGAGAGUGUUGGAGACAGAGAGAUGGAAAGGUCUGUCUGCUACAUCUCUGGUGACAGAACAGAUCACCAUUGCUCAGCGCAAGUGUUUGGAAGUGGAAUAUACGGCCUGGA